AUGGCCGAAGGUACGUAAUUCUUAGAGCGGAGCUCUGGGCGUGCGCUUAUGAAAUCGAACUCUUACCAAGACAAAGAAAUCAUAAUCAAAUGUGAAUCCGAUGAUGUCGUUCUGUCACAAAGAAAUUCAUCAAAGUCAACUGACAACUGCCGAAAUAGAGCAUGUACUGACUGGUAUCACAUGACCGUAUCGGCGACUUAGGAGUACUAGCUUUUUGAAAGUUAGCUACGGACUAGACGUGCCCACAAGUCGACUCAUUUGAUUGAGAGAUCAGUUGACAGCUUUCCAUAGAUCGAGGGCUUAGGUUUUUGUUUCAAAGGUAUUUAUGCCGAUCGCAAUGGUUAAAGGCUAUUGUAUCAAAUAAAUGGUUAGCAUUUAACAGGAGCUCCGCUUGUAGGCUUUGUUAAAUUAAUAAAUGUCUAUGACCUCUAACAGAACGUGACUGUUUUUUUUUUUUUUUUUUUCGAUAAAAUUGGCCGCUUUCAAUAGAAACGGUUUGUUUAAAGUUCACAGAGACUGGACUGAUGUGGCGGCGGCACCUUUAUAGGUAGCAUUAUGAUCAAACACAUAGGAAACAUGUCCUUACUUUAGUAGAUGAAUCAUUUUUAAAGGUUUUGCGGAGCCAUUUUGAAACAGACUUUUAAGAACUGAUAAUGAAGCACAAGUCAAACAGCUGCCGAAAGUCAUUAGCAUCAAAUUGAAUGCCUCAAUUAUUGUCAUUCUCUUUUUCUUUUCAUAGAAAAACGUUCACAAGAAAAAAAGAAAAGAAAGAGGGAGAAAGAGCUGGUGAAGACAGAAGGUACCGUCGUAACACACUUAUAGAACCACUUUUUUUGUACCAGAACCUCAUUUUUAUUUUGUUUCGUGCCACCCAAUACCAAAGACAGUAGACCCCUUUUGUGUUUGCAGGUGCCACCCAAUACCAAAGACAGUAGACCCCUUUUGUGUUUGCAGGUGCCACCCAAUACCAAAGACAGCAGACCCCUUUUGUGUUUCCAGGUAAACAUGGCAGCACAUAGCCUAUCAUCUUUCGUUAGGGCAGAAAAUCAGUGCCUCUAAAAAGGAUGAAAUCUUUCAUUUUUUGUGGAGUAUUUCGAAUAGGUAGUUAAAUGUGAUUGGCAUAAAAUCGACACUUCUGUUUUUCUCACAUCCGAACAUCCUUCACAAGAAAAACAUAAGAGAAGAAAAAAAAAAAGUACAAGAGAUGAUUGAAGGUACGAUGAAUAUCAUCGUCUUUUUCUAACGAAAAUUUUGUGACCUCGUGUUAGGUUUUUGGUGUUCGGUGAUGUUGCACUAAAUGUAUCUCUUUAACGAAAACAUAGGUGAUAUAUUGAAGGAGAUUCCUGAAGGUUUUCUUCUGUCACAUCGCAGAUAUAUGCUGUUCUUCAAUUUUAUUCUUGAUCGAAUUGCCGUAUGUUUUUGUCAUCUUUUAUAAUCAUUAUGUAUAUCAGUGCUACCCAGAAGUAACGAAGGAAACUAAAAUUGGAUCAAGGAUAAAAUGUUCCUCCACAAAUGAAUCAACACUUUGUAACAGAAAGUCAGGGGCACCUAACGAGAAUAUAGUUCAAAACCACUUAAACAUAGCAAUGUUGAACGUUUUUUAGUAUUUAAACGGUAGAUAUAUGCAUAUUUUUAUCCCCUAAAAAUUUUUCAUCUGUUCGGAUUUCCUAGCUGAACGUCUAGUGAUCCGAAAAUUAUAGGGAUCAAAACUUACCUUUUCGAAAAUUUCAGCCAGAAAAAAGGCUCCCGAAAAUUCUAGGUGACCUUUUUAGGGUAAAAAUCCGUUAAAAAUGGGCAAUUAUAUCAUUUUUUGGGGGGGUUCGAAAAUCCUAGGAGAGGCGGGCAAGCAAGAAAUUUAAUAACAAAGGUUCCGAAAAUUCUAGAUCUCAAAUCGUCUUCGUAACAGAUAUUUUCCAAAAAUUGUCGUUGGGUGCCCCUUGAAAGUGACUGAAUUUUUUCCGUUAUUAAAAGAAAGGGUUUCUUCAAAGAGCGAGAGGACAGGUUUGAAAAGAGCACAUCAUACCACCAUAGUGGGAGUGUCUAAAAAAACCGCUGCCCAUAGAAUUACAUCCUGCAAUGCUCUUUUUGUUUUAUUUUUAGACGUCGAAGAACCAUCUAGGAAGAAACAGAAACGAAACCUAAAGCACAAAGCACGAGAGAUGACUCAAGGUACUCUUGUAGUCUCUCUAUUUGUUUUAAUCCACACAUAAUUACUGCACAUUUCAAAACACACGAACUGUUAUGUUUCAAAGCCGCCUUCCCAAAUUGCGUUUUUCGCUGCCGUCAAUCAUAGUUACGAUCACAAGCAACAAACCUUGAAACACAGAAACACACAAAACGGAUCGAAAUCUACCAAUCAUAAAUCACAAACCAUGACCUUUUGAACCCGUUGAAGUAAACUUCUCUUUCCUAGAGGUCUGUUAAGAUGAUUGACGACAGCGAAGAACGCAAACGUCAGUUGGCCUUUGAACUUCAGAAUUCUCGUGUUUUUUUGAAGCGCAGUAAGGAAAUUGACUCUAUUUUCUUCAGUACAACACGGACUCAGUAAUUAAAGGAGUUUUUUUCAAAGACCCUUUAAGAAUUUUUCUAGUCGGCGCGGUGCUUAUUUGAGGGUGGCGCUUAUGAAAGCGGUAACCUCUUAAAUGCAGUGUCUCUUUCGGAGAAGCUGAUACAAUACUUGAGAUCCCCAAAACUAUCCUUUAGUGAGGGCAAUUGAAUCGAAUAUUAAUGCUUCGGGUUUCUUUUUGGGGUAAGGGCCACUGCAGCACGGGCCUACUAUCUAUCGUUUUAGUUGAUGUUUGAGGGUAUACUAAACAGGUUUUAGAAACUGAUGAGCAUAAAAUGAAAUCCUUCAUUGCUUUUUGUUUUCAUAGCAGAAACUCCAAAAGAAAAAAGAAAAAAACCGAAGGUGGAUGAAGGUAAACACCAAGACAGGAUGAAAUAAAAACCGAUGAGACGGUUCUUUAUAGGCAACGUUCUCCCCAGGGUCUUCCCGCUUUUCCAGUUUGGCGGCCGCAGAGAAAGGGGUCUUCUCUCAUUCCGCCAUUUUGCGUUUCGACACGAGAAGACCUUGGGGACGAUGUUGGGCAGUAAGUACAGCACAAGGUUAACAUUUGUUUGAUAAUAAUAAUAACAAUAAUAAUAGUAUUAAUAUUAAUAAUAAUCUUUAUACAGGGAGCUCACUUCGCAAAGAGUGAUAUUCAGUGAGGCCCUGUAAAACAACAGAAAAAAUAAAUGAUCUUAGAUAAAUGAAUACGUAAUAGUAAUAAUAAAUAAAAAGUUAAGAACUUAAAACCUAAAUUAUACAAGCUACAGGUUAAAAAUGUUAAAAUGUCAGAUAGAUUAAAAUAUUAAAAGCUAUAAAAUAUCCAAAAUAUAUAGCUUUUAAUGUUCUGUUUAAAAAGAAGAAGAGAGUUAAUUUCUUUAAAAGAUGCGUCUAAAAUGUUCCAUUCCUUAGCGCAUUGAUAAAAAAGUCUCUGCUUUCCGCAAUUCGUUUUAGCGACAGGAAGACGGAAAUCGGUCCUUCUUCUAGUGUUAUAACUAUUGAUGUCUGAGUUUCUCAAAAUAUUAAAAUUGUGAUCUACAAGUCCGUGGAUGUACUUAAAAGUGGUAAUGUAUCUAUGUACAAGGCGCUCUUGAAAUAAGGUAGGCCAUCCGAGUGUUUUGAGAGCGUCGGUAGAUGAAGCAUAGUUGGGCAAAUCAAGUAUAACUUUGGCAGCCUUAUUUUGCAAGACCUGUAAAUCAUGCAUUAAAGUUGGGUUCUGGGCGUUAAAAGUUGCUCACAGUUUUUAUGAACUGAUAAACUACUGUGAUUGCUUUAUUGGUUCAGUUAAAGAAGCCAGGCAAAUAAGGUUAAAGUUUUUCAGAGGGGCAAAUUUUGUGAAUUCACUUUUUUCAGACACUCUCCUUGAAUGAACAAAUUUUUAAAGGUAAAGAGGGGUUUCAGUAAAACGCGGGGUCGGGGCCGGGUCCGGGGUCCGAGUGCUAGUCGGGGUCGGGGCCGGGUCCGGGGUCCGAGUGCUAGUCGGGGUCGGGGCCGGGUCCGGGGUCCGAGUGCUAGUCGGGGUCGGGGCCGGGUCCGGGGUCCGAGUGCUAGUCGGGGUCGGGGCCGGGUCCGGGGUCCGAGUGCUAGUCGGGGUCUAUCUUUUUUGUAAAGAAUGCUGUUUUAGGGUUAGGAUGAGGAUUUUUCCCAACUUGGAAGGCCUUCGUUUAUGCAGCCUCUAAUUCGUUUACUGUAAAGCUAGUUAUAGGUAAUAUAAGUGACAGGGUAUUUCAUGAACGUCUGCUGCUUAUAGAGGGAACAGAAAUAAGACAAAUAACGUUUAACUCGUACUUUCCGAAGGAAGCUGUUAACUUGUUUUGGUUGUUUCUUGUUUGUUCCUUCUUGAAGAAAUCAAAGAUGGCGUGGUGGCUGACGAUGAUUUGGAAGGGUUAUCCUUGGAGCUUGGGACAUCGUGGAGUGCACUUGCGCGGCGCCUAAAAUUUAGCCGGGCAGAAAGACAAGGAUUUGACCAUGGUAACAAAGAACUCGCAGACAAGUCUUACCUCAUGUUAUGUAGGUGGAAAGAAAAACGUGGUCUGUCAGGUGCAACUUACAAGGUCUUGUACGAGGCCUUGUGUCAUAAAUAUGUUGAUCGCAAGGAUUUAGCAGGGCAGUUUUGCAUUCUUGGAUCUUCAGGUGAAAGCAAGAAGAAACAAGACAGCACCUCAGAAUGACUAAAGGUACGACAAAAAUUAUUACCUUCGUCGGAAUCUAAAGGCGCUACAUCACUUGUACGUCAGACACCCCUGAAAUUAUCCGGAACCUUAAUCCUUCUGUGAGUAGAACACAGGCGUACUAACCCCCUUUUCAGUCCAAAGCUAUGCCUUUGCAGUAGCUAUUUAUGAGAGAUAAUCCUUAGAGCUGAUAAACCGUGUUUAUAUUAUAGCCGUAGAAGAACCUCUCUGAGAGAAAAAGAAAAGAAAAAGCCGAACCACUUAAAACACAGCGGUGGCUAAGCUGGGUGGUGAGAUGAGCUGACUGCCAUUGACGUCAUUAACCGUACACUGAUAAGUUCAUGAUACAACCUGGUAAGAAGUUAACAAAAUUAAUGUUCUUUCAAAAUCCAAAGGUGUGCGACUGCCGGAAACACGUGUUUGAGUAAAGAGGCCGUUUGUCAAAACAACAAAACAAAAUAGAAGUAUUGAACAUUGUAUUCAGUUUUUUAAUUCACUGUUUUUCAUACAACAGAAAGAGAACAGACCAAGACAAAUUAGAUGGUUGUCCAAUGUAGUGCUUUUUGGGUUUAUUUAGACGGCGAGCAGCCUUCCUUCGUUUUGUUUCUUUCACUUGGUAAUGUUCCUUCCCAUUCCAACAUAAAGGUCAUGAGAGAUACUCACUACCAGAGAUCAAAUGCGAGUUGAUAUGAGGACAUACAGGUUUAUUCAGAGAUGGAAACAAGGCGGAAUCUUUCAUGAAUGAUUGUUCGUCAUCAGUAGACAGUAACAGAAACAAUUUGUGGUAAAUCACUAAAAUAAAUUAUUUAAAAUUUGCUUUUUUAAAAGGAGUUGUCAAAGAUGAUGUGGUCAAGGACGAGGAUUUGAAAGGAACCUUGGGAGUGUUGCUCAGCGUUAGCAGUAAUGAGCCCAACCGAAGAAACUUGAUUUCAAACGAUAACGAAGGUUUCGUGGAAAAUAGAAUUAAGCAUGCUUUAAGAAUUGGGCUCCUGCAUAGACUACUGGAGGUCCUUUUUCAUAUAGUCAUGGCAAGUGGGCAAGCCUGUACGAUCGAUCAGGCACGCGAGACUGGAGAAAGCUAACGAGCAAAGAAGGAUCUGGAGUGUCAUUCCUGGCAUGCCAACCUUCCUGGUGGAGCGUUAGCAGCCUAUAUAUUGUAUGAUAGCAACUUACAGGUUUAAAGUGACUCUCCAACUCAUACUUUUAGUCAGUUUAAAGGAUAGUGCUGUUUAUGCUGCAGUUAAGUCUUUUGAUAAGUCUUGGGUUACCCAUCUCAAAAACACAUGCACAACAUGAAACCCUAUUUUUCUCUAAUCCCAGCCCUUCACGUAUAAACAUACGAAUAAAUCAAAAUUCACGCGUUCAAAAGUUUCGAAAAGUUAGAUUUCACUA